AUGACUAUGCCCAUGACUAUGACCAUGGAAUCCCUCAACGAGACAGAAAUACUGAUCAAACACGGCGCUGAUUCAAUGAGCUUCUAUGAAUACGACUAUGAAUCUGAUAACUCGUCUAAACCCGCUUGGAUGAUUAUGCACGCUAUUGGUAUGACCUUCUCUUUUGCCAUUUUGCUUCCUUUCGCCCUCGCUUUGAAGGCAUCUCACAGCAGCCUAUACGGCUUAGUCAAUCUACUCUUUCUCAUUACCAUCUCCACUUCCACCGCCUUCUCCACCAUCUACAAAAAACUUACGCCCGAUUUAUAUUCUCACUCCGCACACGGUAAACUUGGCUGGUUCACUCUAUUCCUCAUUGCCGCUCUCUCCGGAUAUGACAGCUUCCGUUUCCUUCAAAAAGCUUGGACGUGGUACAAAUCCACCAACUACAAAUCCUUAAACUCUUUUAAAGUUAACGUUUUAGAGGAUGUUGACCGCGCUCCCCCUUCAAACCACUCACAAGCCGAAAAUGACAAUAUUCCUCUCUACGAAACUACCCACCUCCACGACUACGACGACGAAGCUGACUCUCCCGCUUCGUCCGACUCGCGCAGAUCUGAAAUGACCCUCAAUGACGACCAGCCAGAGCACCUCGCAAAGCUCAACUAUUCUUCCCUUAAACUUUCCUGGAAGGAGCGUGGCUUAGCUAUUGCACACUACCUCAAACUCACCCUCGACCGCACUACCUUCCCCUUGGGUUUCGCUGGUGUAACCACCGGUGUUGUCAGCUACAGCGGUAUUUGCCACGCCACUUAUCUCAAUGGCUGUCUCGCCCACCUCAUUAAAGGCGGUAUUUUCUUCGGAUAUGGUCUACUCACUUUCGGACGCUACUGCGGCGCUUAUGCCGACAUUGGAUGGGCAUGGAAUCUCACUCCUCGCCGCAGCCUACGCAACUGGAAAGCGCGCUGUGUCAGUGCAGAGUUCGUGGAAUGUCUAGUCAUUUUCACAUACGGCUGCACGAACACGUUCAUGGAGCGAUUCGGUGCGAAAGCGGGUGAUCCAUGGUCGAUGAAGCAAGUGCAACAUGCGUCUAUAGCGGUGAUGUUUUUCUUCGUUGGUGGACUAGGUCUAUUGAUAGAGCUGAGGAGUGUUAGACGCCUCUUCGGCAGCUAUCGUCCCGACCAGCCCAACCCCAAUCCAUUCCCUGCGUUAGCUAUUGGUAUUACUGGAUUCGCUAUGGCGUCCCAUCACCAGGAGUACGCUUUCGCUGUUAGUCAACACGCCCUUUUCGGCAACUUCCUCGCUCUGUUUGCUCUCUGCAGAUGCUCUACUUACGCUCUCACUUACCUCUCCCCUAUCACAUCGGAGAGGCCUACUAAACCUGUCACGGAACUACUGGCUUCUUUCUUCCUCUCCGCUGGCGGUAUUGCCUUCAUGUUCUCUAUCGAACAGUUUACUUUCGCCGCUUAUCGUAGAGGUUUUGCUCAUCUCAUGUUCCUCCUCAAUCUCGUCAUUAGCUUGACGGCCUUAUGCAUCUUCUGCGUUGCUCUCACUAUGGUUGUCAAGAGCUGGUCGGCGCGUGAAUCGACUGGUUCUAACAAGGGACUCCUCUUCGAUGCUAGUGAGGCGGGUGGUGAGGAUGACGAUGAGGGCGUUGACGGUGUUGAUGAGGCGAAUGUACAUCAGCAUGAUAGACUUACUCAUACUCAUGCUCAAUCUCACUCUCACGAUCAGCCCGUCUAA